AUGGAUAAUGCAGUUUCUACUUGGGUUUUUACUCUGAAUUUUAUUGCUAUUAUUCCUUUGGCAAAACUAUUAGGCUUCUCAACUGAAGAGAUUGCUUUACGUUCAGGUUCGACGAUCGGUGCUCUUCUAAACGCAACGUUCGGUAAUGCCGUGGAACUAAUUCUGGGUGCCAUUGCUUUGAAGGAAGGAUUGAUCCGGGUCGUUCAAGCGUCAGUGUUGGGCUCUAUUCUAUCCAACAUAUUACUCGUUCUCGGAUUUUGUUUCUUUUUGGGAGGCGUCACCCGAACUGAACAAAAGUUUAAUGUAACAGCUGCUCAAACAAGUUGUUCCUUAUUGGCUAUAAGCACCCUAUCUCUUUUGAUUCCUGCCGCUUUCUCUGCUACAAUUGAUGACGAUACUACUGAAGGUAUUCUUCAGCUCAGCCACGGUGUAUCCAUCGUCCUUUUGAUUGUUUAUCUAUUAUACUUGUUUUUCCAGCUUAAAACGCAUACCUUUUUGUAUGAAGACGAGGAAGAUGAAACAGAAGUACCUUCUACUACUUUAUCAUUUUCAGUUACUUCACUCUUAGUUAUCGCUUGUGUUGUCUCCGUUCAUGCAGAAUACCUUGUUGGAGCAAUUGAAGGCGUCGUAGAGAAAUGGGGUAUCAAUGAAACUUUUGUUGGCUUAAUUCUUUUGCCUAUCGUCGGAAAUGCUGCUGAACAUGUCAGUGCUGUUACCUUCGCCAUGAAGGACAAGAUGAACCUGUGUAUCGGUAUUGCUAUCUCUUCAUCCCUUCAAAUUGGUUUACUCGUAACCCCUGUUUUGUGUUUGGUCGGCUGGGCUAUAAAUCAACCUAUGACUUUAUUCUUUGAAGACUUUGAAACUGUAAUUAUGUUUGCCAGCGUUUUGAUCGUGAACUACUUGAUACAAGAUGGUCGAUCUAAUUGGUUAGAAGGUGUUUUACUACUCGUAAGUUAUAGCUUUAUAUCUACAACCUGUUCAAACAUUAUUAUUUACUAA